GAAAAAGCCCUAGAUUCCCCUAUGUGUACAACUUGAUGAAUGCAAAUCGUAUGAGGGUAUUGUAUAGUUAUUGCGGUUAUCUGUUAUCAGCUAAAAGAAGAUUACUAGUCUAUUGAUUUAUAGUUGCACUAUCACUUGAAUAGAUUACCAGCAGUCUACUUUUGACCGCUGGAUGAUACGUGUGACUGUGCUAAUCCAAUAUUCGACUGAACAAUUAUGGCUAAAUUUGAACCAACGGAGCAUCAACAUACUCGUUUUAAUCCGUUGACCGGUCAGUGGAUUCUGGUUAGUCCGCAUCGGAUGAUGCGACCGUGGUCUGGGCAAGAGGAGCAACCCCAGCGAAUUGACCUUGCGGAAUUUGAUCCCAAAAAUCCACUCUGUCCGGGUGUGACCCGAGCUAACGGAGUCAAAAAUCCAGUUUAUACUUCGACAUUUGUGUUUACCAAUGAUUUUCCUGCAUUGCUGGAGGACGUUCCUUUGCCACCAAAAAGCGAUGAUCCACUGUUUCAGAUAAGCGGCGCUCGCGGAACAUGCAAGGUGAUGUGUUUUCAUCCCAAAUCCAACAAAACACUCCCACUGAUGUCUCCAAAAGAAAUUCGCUCAGUAAUUGACGCAUGGAUAAAGGAAUAUAAAACACUAGGUGCCAAAUACUGUUGGGUGCAGAUCUUCGAGAAUAAAGGAAGUAGCAUGGGAUGCUCAAAUCCUCAUCCCCAUUGCCAGAUUUGGGCAUGCUCCUUUCUGCCAAACGAACCGCGUGUCAAGGACGAAAGGCUACGGGAAUAUUAUCAAAACCACGGUACAGCAUUGUUAGACGACUACGCAAAGAAGGAAAUGAUGAAAAAUGAGCGUAUUGUGAUAGAAAAUCCCGAUUGGCUGGUCGUUGUUCCGUUCUGGGCAAGCUGGCCUUUUGAAACAAUGAUCAUUUCACGUAACGGCAAUCGACGAAUUUCGGACUUGAGUCAACAACAAAUCAACAACCUAUCCAUCGUGAUCAAAGAACUAACAACCAAGUACGAUAAUCUGUUCCAAUGUUCCUUUCCAUACAGUAUGGGAUGGCAUGGAGCACCGACAGGAGAUCUAUCGGCGCAGGCCGAUGAGCAUUGGACUUUACAUGCUACAUAUUAUCCUCCAUUGCUUCGAUCGGCCACAGUGCGCAAAUUCAUGGUCGGGUUUGAGUUACUUUGCCAGGCACAGCGAGAUUUGACGGCCGAACAGGCCGCUGAUAAGCUGCGCCAGCUCUGCGGAAAAAAACAUUAUAGCGAGCACAUAUAGGGCUUUCUCUAUAGAUUAAAUUCUUAUCUUAUGUACUAGCAAAACCUUUACGAAUCGAAAUGGUAAAAUAAUAUGUAAUCUUGCUACAAAGAGGUAAAAUUUUCACGAUUUUUUCAUACUCUGUCGUCUUUCCAGUGUUUGCAAUUCAUGUAGCAGAGAAGCUACGUUGAAACGGAGCCUGUGAAACAUGGCCUCAUUCAUUUCAAAACUUAAAAACUCACCAUCAGUUUUCUGAAUAUGUAUAAUGAUUGUCGGAAGUGAAGAUGACCUAAAAUAUUAAUCAAAUGGUAGCAUUAGUAGUAUUUUAGUAGAGAAAUAUGAAUUUUAAAGUGUAGUCACAUAGAAGAAAUAAAGUAUACAAAUUAUCAACGACUAA